AUGAAAUACUUCGCCUACAAACUUGGCUACCUCUCAAGGCUAAAUAUUCGACACGAAGCACAGAAACCCGAGCCUCACCUAUGCAAACUCCUUGGCCAUGCACUCCUGUUCGACAAUGCUCGAAAUUACAUCAAUGAACAUCUAGAUGACGAAGAACUCAAGCCAGUGGAAGUCGAAACACUCCCUGUUCUGGAGUGGGAAGAAUUUGAGGAUGACGCAACAAUUCAGUAUAUUGAGGAUAUCGAGGAUGAUCCGACAUCCAUCAUGGAUGCAGAAGCCAUUCAGCAACCGGUGUCUUCUUCGCAUAAAGAGCCUUCAUUACAGCUCGUAAACACCCCCCGAACACUGUCAAUUUUGCAUGCUUCGUCCAUUGAAUCGCGGCCGCAUUGUGACCAGCAGUGGGAAAAUGGCAGCAACGCCAGCACAGAAGCUGGGGACGAUGAUGAAGGACAUUGGAGUGACACAACAUAUGAAGAAGAAGACAUCGACCCACCGUUGCUACACUGUGGCGAAUCUGACCCUUUCCUUCUAAAGACUGCAGACCCUGGUUAUCCUCUGCAUAAGUCGGAAGACGAUGACAUUGUGCUUUGGUCCCAACAGCCUCGUGUUCUGUCACUUCGACAAGUCGAGGAUAUCUUUGUGGAGGCUUUCGGUUGA